AUGGCGGACACGGAGGCGAAAAUGGAACCAAACGCUGCACCUUCAAAACUCGAAGCCAGCAGUGAUGAUAAAGACGCACACGAUACCUCAUAUGAAUCGAAACCAGAAGAGCCUGUCGAAGGACUAAAAUCGGAAGCUUCAGGCGGAGAAGUGAUGUCUUUAAAAGACUGCUGCAGGGAGGCCUUCGCCAAGAUCACCGAAUAUUUGAACGGCGAGCUAGCUGGUAAGCUGGAUGAAUGUCAUAAAAUACGUUCAGAUGGUACAAAAUUUGCUGUUUACGUAUCUUAGAAUAUUACUUUAUAUGAAUACUUUCCAAUCGACCCAUGAAAACCGAUGUCAAAACUAUUGUCAAUUGAGAAUCCUAUGGUCGUUUGUUGACCCUUAUACACCUAAGCUAACAUCAGUAUGUAUAUUCUCCAUACUGUUCUCUAUACAUUUGCUAUGGAACAAAUAAGAAGAGUUUGUCAAACAAUCAAGUGCCUCUUUGGUUGUUGUUGAUUUCCUUGCUCUCGUGACGUUAAUGUUUGAUUCAGGGUUAAUACUCUUGUGAGAAAUUAGAUACUAAUCGUUCCUAGGAAUUAAUGAGUUAAGCCGUAGAUCUGUAAAAAGAUAUUCACUUGACACAGUUAAUGCGAUCGAUACUUUUGAGAUUGGAAUACUGCAAUUUAGUAAAGGCCAUGAUGGGUUUAAUGAAGGCCUGUUUGCAGGGGUGAGGGGUGGGGUACCAUCCUUUUCUUUUAUCAUUUUUUUUUUUUUUGUCUGUAAAAGUUAAAACAAUGACAAUUAGUUCCAGACUCCAGACUUGCCUUAAAUGUCUCCUUGAAUUUUAUAAAAGCAAGUUGCAGUGAUUUUUUUUCCCAUUUUUUUUUUUUUUGUUUACACUCUACCAUGAUUUCUCCGAAAAAAAUUAAAAAAAAAAAAAUGGUGAGAACUUUACCCAACACCUUCUGAUGACUUCAGCACAUUGCUAAGCAUUCACUAAUUAGGAUUAUGCUGUAUAGGUUGCUUCUCCAAAGAUUACUCUGACCAUUUCCUAAUUUUACAUUGUUGUUAGGUUCAAUACAAGAUUACGUUCUUCUUGAAAAGCUGAAUAAGCUGACAAUUUCAAAGUACAGUGAAAUGUCCGACACUGCAAAGACACUUAUCACAGUCAUGGAGGAAUUAGACAAAAAAUGUAAGUUCUUCACUGCAAAAAUCUCUGACUUUUUCAUGACUUUGCUGUGAUAAAAAUAAAAUAGACUGUAAGCAAAUUAAAUUUGCACAGGGGUAAUCCAUUCAUUGAUAUAUUUUCCAUUUUUACAUUAUGGUCUAAACAAAAAAAUUAAACAAAUUAUUGAUUGAUGUUCCCUGCCUUUUCCCUGAUUCUUUCCUAACCUGUGGCAACUUUGUGUAACAAAUAUGUUGUUGUAAGAGAGGAAAAAGAACUUCUAACAACAAAAUAAAAUGAUUUAUUAAAUUUCCUUUUCAGAUAAAAACCUGGAACCAUAUUUAGAGCAGAUUGACAAGGUAGAGGAAAGUGUUGCAAGCCUCGAACAAGCCGCGUACAGACUGGAUGCUUACUCUAAGAGACUAGGUGAGGAAGAAUGUUAAAUUAUAGUGGUUAAUAUGAAAGCAGUUUCCAGUUCAAUAACAAAUUAAAAUGAUCCUGGAUUGAUUUAUUUUUGCUUUGCUAUGCCUUGUAAUUGGUCUUCAAAAUUCACACCACCAUCUCCACCAAUCAAAUGCAAAAAUAAAACUAAUCUCAAUUUAGUCACUACAUUUUCAUGCACCUCAAGCAGGUUGUCUGUUUUUAAACUGUGAUUUCUUAUUGGUUAAUGAGAGAAUCUGUGUUCUGAUUGGUAAUUGUAAUAACUUUGAAGUUGGUUUUUUGACACUCAGUUGAAAGCUGCUCUAUGGGCAAGUAAGACUUUGUUGUUUACGACAUGAAGGUUUAAACUCUUUCCCUGGCAAUAUCUCACUACUAACUCUUGUUACAGUCUUCCAUAAGUUUGUGAUGUUAGUUUGGAGAAUUUGGUCUAGGAUCAACUUAUAAUCCCCCAAUUGACAUUCUUCUUUAAUCUCAUCAUAUGUUUGCUUGAAAAAUAUUUUGAUACUGUAAAGAAUUCUGUCCUGAUCACUCGUGGGACAAGAGUAAAAUCGUCUAAUUGUUGGGUAGAAACACACAGAAUUUUCCCUAACAAGGGGAAGACCCUCCUCAGUUGUAAGUAGAAAAUAUGAAUGGGGAAGGGGAUGGGAUGGUUUGGUAUUUGUGGGUCCAAGAGCAUGGAAAAAAAAGAAGCCUGCUACAAGGUCGUGGGAAGUGGUGUUGACUGAAAAAAUGGGAAUUCCAUUGUUAGUUUGCCAAAAUUGUUAAUCAUUCCCUGCCACUGGUCUGAAUAUGGAGCAAAUGAUGAAUGUAAUGGCCCUUAUAAUCUUUUUCCCAUUUGUUUACAGAGGCUAAAUUCAAGAAGUUGGAAAGAAGGUGAACGGAAAUUUGAAUGUUCUUCAGGAUAAAGAGUUAGAAUUUAGACACGAAAACAGAUUACUCCAGACAAUUUCUAUAAGAAAACAGGUAACCUGACAUGGGUGAAUUGAUAGAAACUGGGUACCAGAAAAAUGUUUAACAUUUAAUUGUGACUAGACAAUAUUUAUAAUUAUGAAGUAACUGAGAGUAAAAGCACACUGAUUGGCCACAGACGUAUUAUUUAUGGCUCUGAUAAAGCCAUGGAAUAUUGAAGUUUAUUUUAUAAAAGCAAUAGACUGCACCCCCUAUUGGUUUACCAUGUAAUAACCCUCAAGGGAUGUUGGAAGCUCACUCAAUGUGGAACACCCAACAUACCAAGUGGUUUACUAUGCCAGUGAACCGAUUAGAGUGCAGUCUAUUACUUAAAGAAACAGUACACUGUCGUGAAGACAGGUUAGGAGAAUAUGACAAGUUUUUAGUUAAAAGGAUUUGGUGGGGAGAUGCCUUAGUGGAGUGUAGAUGCACAGUUUUGUACAAAUGGCGCCCUCAAUAUACUCUUGGGAAAAUGGGAGAGAAAACCUGUUGAGUAAAUACACAGAAGAAAAAUUUCAAUAUCUGAUCUCUCUAGGUAGCUUAAAUUUUUCCAAACAUUGUCAACAGUGGGAUGGCAAAGCCUCCCUUUUAAGCACCAAAAUUCAAAGUCCUACCGCUCUUAUUACACAGCUAAGAACUUAAGUUGCUAUCUGAUCUACGUCAUUAUCUAGGAAAAUGCACACCUACCCCUCCCCUAACCCAACAGCAGUCAACUGACAACAAGUUAGGGUUGAUGUUGAGUUAGGGGGGGCUAGGUGUACAGUUGCUCAGAUACUGACAUCGAUCCUUGUUGUUCAUAACCGAAGUGUACUUGCGUGUUUUACUUGAAAUAAACCUUAAAACUAGGCGGC